UUUCAGGGUAACACUCUACAACAAGAAUUCUACUGGACCGGGUGUUCCUUAACCAGAGGAAAAAACCAAUCAGGUUUGCUUCAUUAGGGAUUUCGAACUUUCGGCUUCCCAAAAGCAAAACACUCCCUUGAUUGGUAGAAGAAGCAAACAAUGUCCCCUGAGUUGAACAAGUGCUGUUUCAACCCAAACUGAAACUCUGCUUCUUUCGAAUCUUCCACAACUGGUGCCACAGGUCUGCCAUAAUUUAGGGUAGAAAUGUCAGCUCCAUUAACGCCUUCAAAGAGACCACAUGAUGAGAACCCUACAGAGACAAAUGGGAAAGGGAAGCUGCAAAAGUCUGAAAAUCAAUCUUCUAAACUCUCCUCUGGCAAUGCUGUUUUCAGGGUACUGUGCCCUGUGUCCAAACUUGAUAGUAUCACCGGUGAUGGUGGCUCUUUUAUAUCACAAAUUUGUCAAGAGACUCUUGUAAAGGUCAGAGUUGAGGAAACUGUCCCCGGAUGUGACGAAAGAGUUAUUAUUGUGGAUUCUGAUAGAGAUAAUGAUGUUGAUACUGAGCAUAGCAUGGAGGAUGGCGUUGAAGGGGAAAAUGUGGAUGAAAAGCAUGAUGAUACUAAGGAUUCAAAAGAGAAUGAUGAAAAUAAGGAAUCUGUUCCUAAUGAAGAUUCAAAAUCUGACAACCUAAGUCCGUCUGUGCAGAAAGCUCUGCAACUUGUGUUUGAGAGAAUAAUUGAAGGGGAAACAGAGACUGAUGGAGGGGAUGAACAAAGUGACAAGUCUUUGACAUUUGUUUGUAGAUUACUAGUCCUUUCGACUCAAGUGGGAUGCCUUUUGGGAAAGGGUGGUAGUGUGGUCAAACAAAUGUCAUCUGAAAGUGGGGCACAAAUCCGGAUCCUUCCUAGAGAUAAACUUCCACUAUGUGCAACAGCUUCCGAUGAACUAGUUCAGAUUACAGGGGAAGUUGAUGCAGUUAGGAAAGCUCUUGAAUCUGUUUCUCAGCAGCUUUUGGAGAAUCCACCUCGCGAUAGUGACUCUUCCCUGUCCAACACUUCAGGGCCAUCAUCUCAUUCAAUUGGUCAAUCUCUUCCUAGACCAGAAGUAUAUCCCCCACCCAACCGUUCUCAAGGAGCACCAUAUAGUGAUCAGCUUGGUGACGUUGCAGAUUCACAUCCUGCUGCUCAUCCACUAAUACCCAAAUUCCAUGGAAGUGGUAGGAUGAAGCCUUCACAGGAAGUCCUAACUUUCCGCUUAUUGUGCCAUGAAGAGAGAGUAGGAGGUGUAAUUGGAAAAGGAGGAUCCAUAAUAAAGACACUUAAACAAGAAACAGGCUGUGAAAUCAAAGUUAUGGAAGGCGUGCCUGACUCAGAGGACCGUCUUAUUAUUGUAUCUGGUCCUGCGCACCCAGAUGAUAGGAUAUCACCUGUCCAAGAUGCCGUUCUUCGUGUCCAGAGUAGAAUAUUCAGGGCUGCACCUAAUAGCAAGGAACAAUCCAUGAUGGCGAGGCUUCUUGUUUCCUCUAAUCAAAUUGGUUGUCUCCUUGGCAAGGGUGGUGCCAUCAUUGCCGAAAUGAGAAAGUUAUCUCGGGCGCAUAUCCGUAUAAUGGGGAAGGAUCAAAUUCCAAAAUGUGCUCCAGAUGAUGAAGAACUUGUUCAGAUAAAUGGAGAAUUCGAAGCCGUUAAAGAUGCUCUUCUCCAGAUCACCACUAGGUUGCGGCAUCACUAUUUCCGUGAUGCAUUUCCUUCUAUAAAUUAUCCUCCAAAUCCCGCGUAUUUGGAUCAACCUCCGUUUCAAUCAUAUAUGAGGAGGGACCUCUCACCUCCAGGAAUGCAUUCUAAUUUAGGCAUGCCAUUUCACAAGUUUGAUGCUGUUCGUGGCCCUCCUCCACAUGGUGUUUUUCAUCCCCAUGAUGACCGUGCUCCUUUUAUGCACAAUAUUCAUAGGUUAGGUGGCCCCCCGCAUUUAUCUGAAAGAAGACCUUGGGGUCCUCAGGGACAUCUUGAGGGUGGUGGUCCACUAGGCUUGCCGAACUUUGCUCCACAAAGAAGAAUUCCAGGAUUUGGAGGAAGCCAGCCAGCUAUAAUAACGAACACCACUGUUGAAGUUGUUGUCCCUAGUUCCCUUGUUCCUGUAAUAAAUGGAGAAGAUGGUGAAUGCUUGAAGCAAAUACGUCAGAUUUCGGAUGCAAAAGUUACCAUUACGGAGCCUAAGCCCGGAGCACUUGAAACUGUGAUCAUAAUAUCUGGAACACCUGAACAAACUCAUGCUGCGCAGAGUCUUAUUCAAGCAUUUGUGAUGAGUGAGACUGAUGACUCUUCUUGAUUUAUGUUAGAAGGAUCCCUUUUGGUGCCCCUGAAAGUUUUAGAAAAGAUUGCCUUCCAUAUACCAAAUAUGGGACAAUGAGGUUGUAGUAAAUUGCGAGGAAGUUCUAAUAUCACAUUCUAACCUGUUUUGUGUAUCUGUGCAUGAGUGAAACUUUUAUAUCCCCCUCCCCCACCAUUUUUUCAGAAGGAAAGAAAAAAAAAUUCAAAACCCAUUACAA